AUGGGCUCGAAGUUAACCAGACAGAGAAGUCUCGAUAUUGAGAGCAAAUUGUCCAAGAGAAGACACCAGAGACAUGAGGCUCCGGGAGAGAGCGACAGAAGUGGCGGCAGAGACUUGUUGUUCACUUCCCUGAUGCUCAGGUCCGACAAGCUGCCGGGGAUGCUGCGCAAAACCAACCAGAGCCCGUACGUGAGACGCGUGGCCUGGGUGCGGGAGAUCCAGAGGCUGCUCCGGGAGCAGAAGAUGGAGCAGGCAGGUGAAGUGCUCAAAGUACUGAGGAAGGAUCUGGGACUGCAGGGAUCGUCCCUCAACGACAUUUUGUACAAGAAUGCCGCGUUUCUCAACUUGGUGGACCCCAUCUCCCAUGAGCUGCUGCUCAGUCUGGCUCGAGACCUGCAGUGCCCAAAAAGGGAGACUGAUGCGCUAAAGUCUACCAACAAGAUAUGCCGUCAGCUGAUUUAUCACCUGACACCUCACUCCAAGUGGACGAGACAGAGUGUGCCCAGGAGGAAAUCACAGGCCUGGUGA